AUGCUGGCCGCUCAUGCUCAUGAAGAUCCUUUAGAAUACGGAAAGCAAUGGGGAAUGAUUCAGAACAAGAAUGUCAAGAGGAGAACAGGCGUGCGGCCACCUGCGCCAGCGCCCACCCCGGCCCCGAAAAGUGCGGUUCCCUCGAAACGGCCGUUACAGGACGAUGCGACACAGAAAGUGAAGUCAGAGAGCAAGAAGGUCGAAGACGCAGCACCUACAUAUCAAACAAAAACUGAAGAGCAGCCACCUCUCAAAACUAGUGAGAAGACUGCGCCGUUGAAGAGGGAGAAAAGCGACCUCUUCAGCUCUUUUGCGAAGGCAAAACCAAAACAAAAGAAAGAAGGAUUGGCGACCCCUGCUGUUUCUGGUGCCGAAUCGGCCGAGCCUAGCGGUGCAGAAGAUGUGGUUUUGGGGGAUGCCUCUGAUGAGGAGGAACCUGAAGAGCUCUUCCCUGACUUCGGAAAGUCAACGACAACCAACAAUCGUGAGACAAGAAAAGAACGAGAAGAGAGGCUCAGAAAGAUGAUGGAGGAUGAUGACGAUGAAGAUGAGGAGAUGCCAGAUGUUUCAGAACCUUCCGCAGAGGAAGAAAAAACCAUCGACCAGCCAGCACCCAAGCAGGAACUCAAGCAAGAGAUAACAGUAUCGGGAGGCCGCCGAAGAGGUAGGCGCCAGGUCAUGAAAAAGAAGACCGUCAAGGACGAGGAAGGGUAUCUUGGUGAGAAUCCCCUGACCGUAGAAGAGCCGUCAUGGGAGUCAUUCUCGGAGGAUGAACCCGCACCACCGCCUAAGAAAAAGCCAGCCUUGAGCGCGCCCAAAGGCAAGGCUGGAGGGAAGGCCGGUCAAGGCAGCAUCAUGUCCUUUUUCUCCAAAAACCGCACCGCAGGGCUUCAAGAUGAGCCCGCGAUUCUGCGGCGAGCUUGUCCUGAUUACGUCUCAUACUCGACAGUACCACAUUCUCCAUACAGUGGUGGUCCAUUAAACCUACCCUUCCAACGGCCAGCGACAGAAUGUCGUACCUUUUCGUCCCCAGAGGUGGAGAGAGUUAUUGACGAUGUCACGUCUCGUAUGGUGGAUAAGGAUUUAGCUCAAUUAUUUCGAAAUGCGUUUCCCAACACCUUGGACACGACCGUUAGAUGGCACACCGAUGGCUCAACUGCGGCCAAAAAAACUAAGAAGGAUGGUGCUCAAUGGCAGGGACCACAGAGCUUCAUUGUGACCGGCGAUAUCAAUGCAGAAUGGCUUCGCGACUCAACGAACCAAUUAUCAGGCUACCAGGCUCUAGCCAAGAAGGAUAAAGCCCUCUACAACCUCAUUUUGGGGGCAAUUAAUACCCAGGCUGAGUUUGUUAUUCAGUCGCCAUACUGCAAUGCCUUUCAACCUCCUCCGCCCAGUGGGCUUCAGCCGACAGCGAAUGGACAGGAUGACAAGGUCCAUCCGGCAUAUGAGCCCUCUGUCGUGUUUGAAUGCAAGUACGAGCUCGAUUCAUUAGCCCAUUUUCUGGCACUGGGAACCCAAUUCUUCGAAAACACAGGAUCAACGGAGUUCCUCACGGACCGUUGGUACAUGGCUCUAAACACCCUUCUCAAGGUUGUGGAUGCGCAGUCACAGCCGACGUUCAACGCGCAAGGCCAAUUCGUCACUAACCAGUACACAUUCCAGCGCACGACCACCGCGGGAACUGAAACUUUGAACCUGGCGGGCGUUGGUAAUCCAUUGAAUGAUGGCACGGGUCUCAUUCGAAGCGCCUUUCGCCCCAGUGACGACGCUACUAUACUCGGGUUCUUCAUCCCGCCUAAUGCGAUGAUGUCCGUCCAGCUGAAGAGAACCGCGGAUGUGAUCAAGGCGGCAGGAGGAAGCGCGGACCUGGUCAAAGAGCUUCGGCAGCGAGGCGAGGAGCUUGAUCAGGCUGUCAAAGAGCAUGGGAUCGUCCACCACGCAAAGUACGGCGAUGUGUUUGCUUUCGAAGUUGACGGCUAUGGCUCACGGAUCCUCAUGGACGAUGCUAACAUUCCGUCUCUGCUUUCGCUGCCUCUGCUGGGCUACGUUAACGAGAAAGAUCCGGUGUAUCAGAACACGCGCAAGAUGAUUCUCGACAAGGGCGGCAACCCGUAUUAUCUGACUGGCUCCGCGUUUCAUGGCAUUGGUGGACCUCACAUCGGGUUGCAGAACGCUUGGCCAAUGUCACUCCUAGUUCAGGCGAUGACAAGCGACUCUGAAGCCGAGAUCACCGAAUGCAUUAACCUUGUCCGUAAUUCAAGUCUCCUGGGUCUCGUUCACGAGUCUAUCAAUGUCAACAAUAUCAAAGAUUAUACGCGUCCCUGGUUUGCUUGGGCCAACUCGGUCUUUGCGCAGACUAUUUUGAAGAUUGCGGCGGAGAGGCCGCAUCUGAUUUUUGGAGAGGACGCGAAGCCGUACAUCAUCCAGUGA